AUGCAAACAGAAAAGGAGGAUGAUAAUGAAACUCCUGAAGAGUUCGUGGCGCUCUCUGACUUCACCGGCUGCGGCUCUGAACAGAGGCUUCACCUGGAGAUGCUGUCAGACCGGAGCCACACUGAGACGUACAGAGAGGUCGUUCUCAGCAACGCUGCUCCCCUGAAGAACAAGGUGGUGAUGGACCUCGGCUGUAGGACGGGCAUCACCAGCCUGUUCUGCGCUCAACUGGCACAACCCGCAACGGUAUUUCUAACCAGAUAUCGUGUCACAUAUUUUGUGGUAGAAAAUACAUUUUUCUUUCGGUUCUGGGUGACAUCCCCUCCCUGCAGGCCUUUGGCACAGCAGGAGUUCUUCACCAAGCCCAAGUUCAGCCACCUCAUCGAGCCUGACGGCCGUCUCUCUGCCCCCUGUGAUGUCAUCUUCCUGGACAUGUACACUCUGCAAGUGAGCGACCUUGAGGAAAUGAAGGGUGAGUUUCAGUUUUCUGUGGAGAAGUCUGGAGUGCUCCACGGAUUCACCGCCUGGUUCACAGUUCACUUUGUGAGCCUGGAAGUAGGAGGAGCAACAAUGGAGCUGAAGACUGGACCAAGCUCAGAGCCAACACACUGGAAACAGACAUUCAUGCUGGAUAAACCCAUCAGUGUGUGUUCAGGAGACUCCAUCAGUGGAAGCAUCGUCCUGCACAGAAACCCCGUCUGGAGACGCCACAUGACCGUUACUCUGCACUGGAACAUCAACAGCUGCAGGGCGGAUAUAAACAACUGCCAGGCUGGGAUUAAAAGGUUCCCCAUGUGGAGAUGA